AUGUAUUUAUUGUGUUGGUUGCAAGAAGGUUAGUUGAAUUAUCUCUAAAAUUUCGAUAGUUUUCCAAAAUCUAAUAAAAAUCUGUUUUUUUUUUCAGAUUUCAUCUUCAUGAGCACCUUCACCAACUUCUACUGCCAGUUUUGGCAUCAUUUUCUUGUAGCUUUGUGGCCAAGAAAGAAGAAAAUGCCAAGAAAUCGGCCAGAACUUGAUGAUUAUUCCAAGAAAGCAGCCAAAAAUGUUGAAAUUGACAAUUGCACCAAAUUUUUCUUGCCAGUUUUGGCAGCUGUGAAUAAAUGA